AUCCCCCGUGUAAGAGUGAGGUGGAGGAGAACAUUCCAGUCCAUGUGACCACAGAAAAUCCCAGUAAGAACUCUGAGGAAAACAUCAUGUUAUCACUAAAUUAUAAAAGAGAAGAUGAAGAUAUCGGGCAUGGCUCUUCAGGAGAAAACCUCAUUACCUAUAAUGUCCAUCCAGGACUUCACAGAACAGAUCUGUCAUAUAAUGCUCCUAAUCAUAAAGAACCUUGUCCUGACCAAUCACAGAUUGUUAUCACAAGUACCGGGCCCAAAGAGGUUACAAGUUUUCAGUGUGGGGAAUGUGGAAAACAGUUUACAGAUAUCUCAGGUCUGUAUGCACACAGAAGAAUUCACACAAGAGAGAAGCCAUAUUCAUAUUCAACAUUUGGGAAAUGUUUUAUGUAUGAAUCGCAAGUCAUGAAGCAUGAGAUAAUUCACACAGUAGAGACGUUGUAUUCAUGUUCAGAUUGUGGGAAAUGUUUUACAGAUAAAUCAAAUUUUGUUAGACAUCAAAGAAGUCACACAAGCGAGAAACCAUAUUCAUGUCAAGAAUGCGGCAAAUGUUUUACACAAAAGUCAAAUCUUGUUACACAUCAGAGAAUUCACACUGGGGAGAAACCAUUUUCAUGUUCCGAAUGUGGGAAAUGUUUUAGAAAUAAAUCAGAUCUUGCUAAACAUCAUAGAUCUCACACAGGAGAGAAGCUAUAUGUAUGUUCAGAGUGUGGAAAAGGUUUUACACAAAAGUCAUAUCUUGUUUCUCAUGAGAAAAUUCACACAGUGGAGAGGCCAUUUUCCUGUUCAGAAUGUGGGAAAUGUUUUAUCACUAAAGAAAACCUCAAGGUUCAUCAGAGAAGUCACACAGGAGAGAAACCGUAUUCAUGUUCAGAAUGUGGAAAAUGUUUUAUCAGAAAAGCACAUCUUGUUACACAUCAGAGAAUUCACACAGGAGAGAAACCUUAUUCAUGUACUGAAUGUGGGAGACGUUUUAUUACUAAAGAGAACCUCAAAGUUCAUCUGAAAAUUCACACAGAAGAAAAAACAUUUAUAUGCUCCAAAUGUGGUGACUGUUUUACACAAAAGUCAAGUCUUGUUACACAUGAGAAAAUUCACACAGGAGAAAAACUAUUUUGAUUUUCUUCAUGUGAAAAAGAAAAUCAGAAUUUGAAACUCAUCAGAGAAUUCACACAUAGAAGAAACUAAAUUCUUGUUUGGUAUGUGGAAGUGUUUACAUGCAUUAAACAGCAUACUGUAUAUGAGAGUAUAUUUUUCUGUGGAAUUACCCUGGGUCUGCCAAAGAGCCAAAUUCUAUUUCCCUGAGGUCAACAGUGACCAGGAUCCAUGGAGGAAAAGUAUUGUGAAUAUGAGGAAAAAGAAGAAGAACAGCGUUGAUUACUGUCAGAGCAGUUGACAAUAAUUUGUAAAAAAGAUUUUCUAUUUCCUUCCAUUUCCUUCUCUUUGCCUCAUUCACACUUGUGUAUUCUGGUCCGUAUCUUACACCAGUAUUUAUAGGAUAUAAUUAGGAGUAGCUCCGAACAUGGAAGACUUUCCAUUAUACUUUUCUCUGUUUUAUUCCGUUCCCUGUUACGGCUUACAGAUACUGAUACAAGAUACCGACCAAAAUAAAAAGUGUGAAUGAGGCCUUACUGUCUAUUGGUCUCUUACAAUGGAGCUUUUAUAGAGAUCAUGCACAGCCAGUUAUACAUCUCAUAUCUUCCUUGGCGGUAGUAAUAAAUCAGAGCAACUGGACAAGUAUUUUUUUUUUCUUGAAGACUUUUCACUGGUCAUCUGAAUUC